AUGAGAGCUUUUGCAGUGGAAUAUUCCUGGAACGGACCUGUGCAGACAACACUGCAAGCAGACCCUCGAGUUGCCAGUGCUUGUCUCUCGGACCAGACAUCGUGUGGCUGCUGCCUGAUUCAGAAACAGAUAAAGAGGUUGGAGCAGUACUUUGAAAAGAGCACAGAGGAACUGAACAAGGAGCUGACAAAAUCAAAGACGGCCCUCAGCAAUAUAAGAGCCAGCCGCAGCUUCUUCUCUGUUGCUCUAAACAAUGACACACGUAUGAGCUGUAAUGGCCCCUACACUAAGGACAUGUUCAUCAUGUACAAAUACAUCUUCUUCAACCUGGGUAACAGCUACAAUGAGCAGACAGGUAUUUUCACCCCUCCCCGCUCAGGUGUUUACAGCCUCACCGUCACCAUCUACGCCUUAGCUGCUUCUGUGAAGAACGUGGCCACCUGCGCUAACCUGCAGGUUAACGGCCAGGUGGUGGCUACACUCUUCGAACAAAACGGCCAGGACAUUGAAGACAGCGCCACCAUCGUUGUGUCCUUGAAACUGAAGGCUGGGGAUCAGGUGGUUGUUAACCUGCUCAAAGGAUGUUUUGUGUGUGAUAACCGCAGCCACUAUAACACUUUCACUGGCUUCCUGCUGUAUGCCACUGACUAA